AUGGAUCAAGCUAAAAGACCAAAAAGGCCUAUGACGGAAGAAGAAAGGGCUGCAUUAGCGAAGAAACUAGAUGAUGAUUUGGAACACUUCAUAGAGGAAAUGGCUGCUAAAAAGGCAUCAGAAAAGGUGGAGAAAAAACCUUUCGACUUUGAUGAAUGGUGUAAGGAUAUAGACCAACAUCCAGCAUUUAUGACAGAUUUGGAGACUGGAUUGAAAGGAAACUAUGCUGACACAAUCGAAGCGCUUCAGGCGUUGAAAUAUGAUGAGGAUGACGCAGAAGAUAAGCAGUUGAACGCAGAGCGUCAUAGAAAGGACGGAAAUAAACAUUUUGAGUUAAAAAAAUAUCGCUGGGCUACUGACUGCUAUACUGAAGGUAUCGCUCUAAAUUCAAUAGCUUCCUAUUUGUUGCUAGAUCUUUUUCAUCUUUCAUACUUUGCUGCGAUACCAGCUCCUUCAGGACUAAAACAAAAAUGCUUGGAUCGCAAAUUGAACUCGGUUUUGCACGGCAACCGAGCAGCAGCACAGAAGCGUAUUGGAAACCUGAGGUCUGCUAUAAAGGAUUGUGCUAUGGCUCGCAAAUUUGAUCCUACGAAUUUGAAGGCCGCAUUACGAGGUGCUGAAUGUCUGCUGGAACUUGGUUACGCAAAUCAAUGUAUCGAAUGGAUUGAGUCAUCUAAAAAGACUUUUGCUUUUGCUAAGGAAACCGAAGAAGAAGGUAGGCACUGGUUUGCUUUUCAUUAACU